UCUAGCAAAUGCAGGGCAAAAAGCAAGGUCUGCAUAGAGACCAGAGGUAGAAAGACAAUCCACGUGGUCAGCCAGCUCCUACUCUUCCUAGCUGGUCUCUUGGAAGGACUCCAGACCUCUGCAUCUCAUCUCUGAAUAUCCCGGGUCUGGAUUUCAGAGAACUUCUGCUGGAGGACAAACGUUUUUUUAAGGAGUAGCACUCCAGGGAGGCCCUAACAUCUGGAUCCCACACAAUCCCUCCUCUGGAGCCUGGUUUGAGGACUAUUAAGUGAGAUAAGGCAUUCGAAGGACCCAACACAGACUCACAGACAAAGGACCUUCUUGCUGUGUGGUUAAAGUCGAAGAGUGGAGGAAGAACCCGAGGAACGGCUUCCUCGGAGACCCUAGUAAAACCAGAGAGCCUCACCAAGAGACCGAGAGGUGUGCAGAGAGCACCACACGGAGCUUGUCAUGAAACCAUCACAAAAACCCUGGGAGGUUGAGCCACUACUCCCCAACAUGGCAGAGACUCCUUAUGCUCCACUGAAGUCGUCCUUUGUCAGGUCGUAUCAGGCAGGGGACAGCAUUUUACAUGAACUCAAUAGGACCCUUGAAAGGGCCUUGAAAGAAGGGAAACUGCUGGACGUGGCCCAUGGGAUCAAGCAGACCGUGGAAACAUUGUCCCAAAUGCCAGUGCACAUCAUGGUGACUGGGAACUCGGGCAAUGGCAUGUCUUCUUUCAUCAAUGCACUCCGAAUCAUUGGCCAUGAGGAAGAUGACUCAGCUCCCACUGGGGUGGUGAGGACCACCCAGACACGGGCUAAGUACUCCUCAUCCCACUUUCCCAGUGUGAUACUGUGGGACCUGCCUGGCUUGGGGGCCACAGCCCAAACCAUAGAUAACUAUAGGGAAGAGAUGGAAUUCAGCAUGUAUGAUAUAUUCAUCAUCAUUGCCUCUGAGCAGUUCAGCUCAAACCAUGUAAAUCUUGCCAAAGUCAUCCAGGAGAUGGGAAAGAGAUUCUAUAUUGUCUGGACCAAGUUGGACAGGGACCUCAGGCCACAUGCCCAUUCAGAGACCCAGCUCAUACAGAAUAUCCGGGUGAAUAUUCAGAAGGAACUCCAGAAGGAGAGAGUGAAUGUACCACCCAUAUUCCUGGUAUCCAAUCUAGACCCUUUACUAUAUGACUUCCCAAUGCUUAGGGACACACUGCAUAAAGACCUCUCCAACAUCAGAUGCUAUGGGCCCUUAAGCACUCUGUCUAGCACCUUUAAGAAGAUCAUUGAUGCUAGAGUGGCCUUCUUGAGAGAGAGAAUAGAUGAGGGAUGUUCAGAGCAUCCUCUUAGUGUCAGGGAUGAUGAAGAUAUGAGAGAGUGUCUGAAAGCAUACCGACUCAAAUUUGGUGUUGACGAUGAAUCGCUUGAGCAGGUAGCCCAGAGUAUGGGGACAGUAGUCCAAGAGUACAAGGCCGACAUGAAGUCCCAAACUCUGUACACCCUCCGCAGAGGGGACUGGAGACUGAGACUGAUGACUUGUGCGUUUGUGAAUGGAUUCUUCCGCGUUCUUAAAUGUCUCCUGUGCUUAUGUUGCUGUGUCCGCUGUUUCAGACGCAUGAAAUACAAACGUGUACUUCUGUUAGUUGCCCAGGACACCAAGACCAUCCUGGAAAAAAUCCUGAAAGACUCCAUCAGCCCUCCUCAAAUCUAAUGUAGGGAGUGGUCGGACACCCUUCUCCCAUGUAAGCGAGACUGCCUUGGGUAGCACCUAGAACCCACUAGAAAUCAAGAGAUCGAAUGUUGAAAGGAACCGUUAAUUCGUCCCGGCUGCCCAGAACCAAAAUAAUCACACAGAAACUGUAUUAAUUAAAUCACUGCUUGGCCCACUAGCUCUAGCUUCUUAUUGGCUAACUCUUACAUCUUAAUUUAACCCAUUUCUAUUAAUCUGCAUACCACCAUGUGGCAGUGGCUUACCAGCAAAAAUUUGGCACAUCUACCUCCAGCUGAGGAUCCAUGGAGUCUCCCUGACUCCGCCUUUCUUCCUCCCAGCACUCAGUUCCGUCUUCCCCACCUACCUAAGUUCUGUCCUAUCAACAAGCCAAGGCAGUGUCUUUAUUCAUUAAUGCUAAUCACAGCACACAGAGGAGACUCCCACAUCAAUAGAACAACACUUCCUAUUAGAGUUUUAGAUCUUUUGAGAGGAGUUCAAGAAUCACUCAUCUCCUUUGCCUCAAUUCUAAUGCAUUGUUCCACUGAGGUACAGGAACAAAUUGUUAAAAAAAAAAAAAAUCAUCGGCCAUGGUUCUUAGGUUUGGAAUUUAGAAAAUUUGUUUCCACUUGUCCAGUGUGAUGUGUGUCUGAAUCAAUUUUCUUCUAAAACAGUAAAAUCAGUUUCUUUACAUGAAUGCCUUUUUAUUCUCACUCUCCUUCCUUUCCUUAGAUACCCCUGUUGCUAAGGACUCAUCUGGUACAGAGAACACCUAAUUCAAGUCUAGAAGCAGGUGGAGAAUGUGGUAGCAAUUGUUCUCUGGAUUCUGUGUGGUGCUGGGGACAGCAUUCCAGACAACAUUCUUAAUGCAAGGUGCUUGCCGUCCACACAUUCUCUGCCAGUUCCCUAAAAGCAUUAUCUUUCUGGGUGGUGGUGGUGAUGGUGGUGGUGCACACAUUUAAUCCCAGCACUUAGGUAAUACAGGAGGGAGAGGCAGGUGGGUCUCUGUGAGUUCAAGGCCAGCCUGGUCUACAGAGUGAGUUCCAGGACAGCCAGGACUAUUACACAGAGAAACCCUGUCUCGAAAAAACAAAAAAUAAAAAAUAUAUAUCUUAAGAGGGAACUCUGGUUUACAUGAAUCAGUGUCAUGGCAAGAGAGUAAUAGUGUCAUUUGAGGAGAAUUUGCUAAGGAUAUCUCUUGCAAAUGUGUGAUGAGGGUUCAAGGAGAUUGCCAGGAGAUGGUGUUGGCCCUUGAGCGGUGAAGACUGAUCUUCUCAAGGACAAUCUUUUAGUCUAUUUCCUGGUAUUAGAACAAAAUACCUGAGAUUGGGUGAUACAAAAGGAAAUGAGGUUUAUAACUCAUUAUUUUAGGAGCUAGGUAGAUAGAUCUGUGGAUAGGAAACUUGCUGCUUUCCCAAAGGACCUGAGGUCUGUUCCCAGCACCCACAGCAGCUGGUUCACCUGUAAUUCUAGGGGCUCCAACACUACCUGCUGACUUCUGUGGGCAUUCACACAGGCGGUGUGCGCUCUUGCAGACACACACACACACACACACACAUAAAAACAAAUCUUGAAGCUGGGUGUAGUGGCACACAACCUUAACCCCAGCACUCGGGAGGCAGA